CUAAGUGCCCUUAAUGGGCUUAUUAGGAUGAGUCCUGAGCCGGACAUAGAUGCUGAUCAUGCUGACCCCGACCUGCCUACCAAUGCAGCUAGUGGCCUGGGAAAUGCUCUCGACCCUGAGGUGGCCCCAAGCCAUGUAGAUGACGUGCUAGAAGCAGGGCCAGAUGGUGCAAUUGACCUUGCAGGGAAUGUCGAAACAUUCAGCGAGCCUCUUGCCAAUUUGGCUCCACCUCCUACAGCUAUUUGGCAUAAUCAAUCAGGAGAUGCAAAUAAUUCCAGCAGUAAUGAGAACAUCAAAGAGAUGUUCUGGAAUCAGAACCCUCGUCCUCAGAGCCUUCCCCCAAUUUCAACGAUCUUUGAUGCUAUACGCUCACCCAGCAAAUCCUCUCAGCAACAAAAGCCAACGAAAAUUUGGAAGGAAAUAAUGGAGUUGUACUUGCCUAAAGAAUCAGGAAGAGUGGCUGAUAGAUGGCACGAUAAUUGAUGUGUACAUUGAGAUGCUGAAAGACCUCACUGACAAAAACCUGCAGGACCUGCUCAGUACCACCCGACCCCAAGU